AUGGGACUGCGCCAAGCCGCGUUCGGCGAAGAGGGACUGCAGCUCGCCUGCGUCGGGAAAUCUCCUACUGUAGGCGUGGUCUGCGUUCUAAUCCUGGCAUUUCGGCGCCUAUCGCGUGCGCGGCGACGGCACGAGCUCUGCCGUGGUUCGGCGUCUGUGCGCAGAGAUGAGGCACUAGCGGGUCAAGGCCGCGAGGGGAAGGCACGGCGUAGGGCGGAAGCGGGGUGGGUGGCGAUGGGGGCGGGGAAGCGGAACGCGGUGACGCAGGAGGCGUUCGACGCGCUGGUGCGGGAGGGCAUGGACGAGUUCGACAUGGCGCCGGGCGAGGCGGUGGAAGACGCCGUGCGCACCCUCACCAUGCAGGGCGCUGACCUCACAGGCAUCGUGACGGCCUACAGCGCCACAGGGCAGCGCGCCGAGCACCCGGCAGCAGCGGCGGCCACACAGCUUGCAGCGGCGCUGGCAGGGUGGAAGGAGAGACAAGGAGGGGGCGAAGGUGAAGGUGCUUAUAGCGGUGCUGACUUCCAUGCAGUGCUGCACGCGCUGUGCGCCCUCUCGCACGCGCUGAGCCCCUCUGUGGACGGCUCUCAGGGCGGAGAGGCGGAGCAGCAAGGCAGGAGGGAAGAAAGUGCAACCGCAGCAGCGGGUGGAUCAGGGCCAGGGGAAGCAGCAGUGGUGGCGGGGCGGAACGAGGGAUUGCCGGCAGCUGUGGGCGCGCUGGGAGUGGUGAUAGGGGCGGUGGAGAGGGGGGAGAAGGGAGGAGAGGGGGAGGAGGGCGAGGAGGGGGGCGGGAGGGUGGAGAGGGCGGUGUGUGACGCGCUGACAUGCACUGAGGCGCUGCUCACCCAUGUACCCGGGGCACGGGACCACUUCUUCCGUCUCGCUGGUCCGCCUCUCCUCGCCGCUGCCCUCCCUGUCCCGCCCUUCUCCUCCUGCAGCCUCACUCGUGUGGCCGCAGCUGCGCGCACGGUACGGGCAGCGAGUGUGGAGAACGAGGUCAUCAAGGAGGCGCUCAUGGACGCCGCCCUCCACGUGGCGCUCCUCAAUGCCAUUCGUGGGAUCGUGCAGUUCAAACGCACUGCUGACGUGGAUAGCAGCAUCACUGACGUGGCAGAAGCAGGGAGCGCCACGUGUGCGUGCUGUGGGGCGGUGAGGGCGCUGCUGACGAAUGACGACGUGCGGGUGGCGGCGUCCAAGACCUUCUCCAACGCGCGCUCCGUGGCCGAGGCGGGUGCCGUGGACGCGCUGCUCAGCGCCGCUGCUGCCUUCUCCUCCGACGUCGCCGUGCUGCCCUCCGUGCUGCCCUCCGUGCUGGCUGCUCUCAAGGCCAUUGCUGUCAACGAGGACAUCUGUCGCAGCAUUGCCGCUCUCUCCGGGGUGCCCCUCGUGCUCGCCCACCUGCGGGCCGCCCUCGCCUCGCACUGCUCUCCGCUCGCUGCUCCUUCCGCCGCACUGCUGGCGCAGCUGGCAGGCAGUGACGCCAACAAGGUGCUCAUUGUGGAGACAGGUGGCAUUCCCGUAUUGGUGGAAGCAGUGAAAGCAUUUGUGGACGAUGGGGCUGUGCUUCAAGAGCUGCUGGCGUGUCUGGCAGCCGUGACGCUGCGUAGCCCAGCGCAUGCAGCAGCGGCGGUGGCGGGCGGCUUGUUGGAGGCGGCGGUGGAGGCCAUGGAGGGGCGCGGCGCCACGGCGGGCAGCCAGUGGCAGGCGUGCCAGCUGCUGCGCAACCUCGCUGUGCGCAACCCCGAACACCGGCCAAUAAUGGUGGAGAUGGGACUGGAGGCCGUGAUUCGCAACGUCAAGAGCAAGCACAAGUCAUGCCGUGACGUGUGCUCCGCUGCACUAAGAGACAUGGGCCUGGAUAACUAUAAUCAGUAG